AUGAGAUGUAUCUGCCUCAACCCCUGGCCCAACAUCAUGAGGCACUUAGUGGCACUCAUCCUGCUUGGAGUAUUUCUGAUCACAGAUGUAACUGCCUCCUCCCCUGAUGCAGCUGUCACCUUUCAUGCUGUGUCACCAGAUUCAGGAGGAAUAAACUAUGAUGAAUGCAGUGCAUAUGGAACUGGGUCCUUCAGAACCUUUAAUGGGACACUCUAUUACCUGCAGUCAACUUGCUUCUUAGUGUUGAGCCGUUUCAAUUCUCUCAAUCCCAAUUCUGAGUUUGACAUCAAAAUCCAGCGAGAUCUGAAUGGCAACUUCAAAAAAAUAAAAAUUACUGUGGACAAGCUUGACACUGUUAUUGAAAAUGGUGUAAUUUCAGUUGAUGGCCAAAGCGUUUCUCUUCCUUAUGAUCAGAAAUCCAUUCACAUUCAUCAUUAUGGUAUUUUUGUGAGACUGGAGAGUAGGAGAAAUUUUCUGUCAGUGUAUUGGGAACCCCAAGGAGACAACAUAGUUAAAAUCUGGGUGCAGCUUCGUUCUGACUACCGUGGAAAAACAGUAGGAUUGUGUGGAAAUUAUGACAUAAAUGAUAAUAGUAGAGCAGAGUUAUUACAACAGAGUAGAGUUCCUGGCAGUGCUGACUGUGAAAUACCAGAUAAUCCAGAGGACUGUGACAAAACCAAAAGCAUAUGCAAUGAUGCUAUGUCGAAGUAUUUUUUUACCUACUGCUUCAUGAAUGAUCAGACCUUAUAUGAGGGAUAUAUAGAGCAGUGUGGAUUGGAUUCUUGCAAUUGUGCUGAUGCUGCUCAUUGUCAAUGUGCUUUCUAUGAGGAACUAACUCGUCAGUGUCCUACUGCUAACCUCAUUGACCUGAGUGAAACACACUGGAGGGAAGAUACAAAAUGUGAUAUACCAACUUGCCCUGAGAACAUGACAUUUACUGAGGUGGGUCCUGCAAAUCCCCCUACUUGCUCUAAUCCAUCACCCUCUAAUACAGCAGAAACAAAAACUUGUGCAUGUCCUGAAGGCACAAUUCUUGAUGACCUUAGUGGACAGAAUAAUUGUAUAGAGAAGGAGCAAUGUCCAUGUGAAUACAACGGUGCUGUUUACCAAACAGGACAAACUCAUGAGGCAUUUUGUGAGUUAUGUGAGUGCCACAGUGGUAAGUGGGUCUGCAAACAAAAUGAUUGUCCUUCUCAAUGUAAAAUUGAAGUUGGCUCCUCCAUCACAACAUUUGAUGGUAAAGUCUACACAGUGAAUGGAAACUGCGAUUAUGUCAUAGCAAUGGAUACUAAGGAAACCUGGAUUCUAACAGCAGAACUCAGUGAUUGUGACCAGAACAGGUGCCUCACACAAGUGCAACUUAGUUUGAACUUAACCAUAUACACCUUCUUAAAUAACCGUAUUACUGAUGGGACUAACAUCAUCACUAAAAAUUACAAUUCAGAUGAUGUGACUAUCAUUUGGCAGUCUUCACAGUAUGUUCAAGUACAGACAGCAUUUGGUAUGAACCUACAGAUUCAGGUGGCUCCUGUCAUGCAGCUUUAUGUAAUAUUACCUGUGGACGCACAGGGCUCCACCAAAGGUCUCUGUGGCAAUUUCAAUGGCAUAGUUACAGAUGAAUUUAUGGCAAGCUCUGGUAUUAUGGAAUCAACAGCUGAUGCCUUUGCCAAAUCCUGGGCAACAAAUACUGAAUGUGAACCUCCAUCCCCAAUACCGUGCAUCAGAUCAGAUAAUGAAAAAUAUGCAAAUGAAAAGUGUGCUCUUCUCAAGGACCCCAAUGGAGUGUUUGCCAGAUGCCACUCUCUUGUUAAUUAUGACAGUUAUAUCAAAAGCUGUAUUACCAGUACCUGCAACUGUGACAAUGUGAAUCAAUGCUUAUGUACUGCUUUUGAAAACUAUGCAAAGGAAUGUUCUAGAAAAGGUCUGCAUAUGACAGGAUGGAGGAGAGAUCAGUGUGUUCCUGAAUGCCCAAUCAAUCAGAAUUUCUCCUACAACAUAGUGUCCUGUAACAGUACUUGCAGCUCACUUUCAGGAAAUGACAUAUCUUGCAAUAUGAAUGUCAAUCCAGUUGAAGGCUGUGGCUGCUUGGAAGGACUAUAUAUGAAUGAUGAAGGAAAAUGCGUCUCAAAGAUAGAAUGUCCGUGCUACUCUAAUGGUAAAAUUGUAAAUCCUGGGAAGACAACAAUUAAUGGACAAGAAUGUAAUUGUGAAAAUGGAGUUCUUCAAUGUACACCUCCAAGAAUAUGUAAUAACAACAAAGCAUAUAUAAAUUGUUGGAACAACACUGCUAUCCCAUCUGAAAAAUCAUGUUCUGGUUCAUCAUUACCUACCAUAUAUACUACAUGUGUAAGUGGCUGUUACUGUGUAGACGGAUAUUAUAAAGAUGAUACAGGCAAUUGUGUGCCACUAGAUCAGUGUCCCUGUAAGUAUGGAAACAAAGUCUACAGUCCUGGAGAAAGUGUUCAAAAUGACUGUAAUACAUGCACUUGCAAUAAAGGAACAUGGAGUUGCACACAUCGAGACUGCCAAAAGAAAUGCCAGGUUUAUGGUGAUGGACACUACCAGACAUUUGAUACGCAAUGGUACAGCUUUGAUGGAAACUGUGAAUACAGCUUUGUUGAGGAUUAUUGUGGUGAAUCAAAUGGCACAUUUCGAAUAACUGUGGAAAGUGUCCCUUGCUGUGAAGAAGCUUUGACUUGUUCAAGAUCAGUGAAAAUUACACUCCAGGGCAAAGAAAUCGAAUUGAAAGACUUAAAGAUUGAGGAGAAGACAACUGACAGUUCAGUACAACAGAUAGAUUACUCUGUUCACACUGUUGGACUAUAUCUGAUCAUCACAUUUUCCAAUAACAUUACCGUAAUGUGGGACAAGCAUACACGAGUUACUGUUACACUGCAGUCCAACUGGAUGAACAAAGUAUGUGGUCUCUGUGGUAAUUUUGAUGGAAACUCAGCAAAUGAUCUUCAGACCAGAAUGAACUCAGUGGUGACAAACACCUUGGAAUUCGGAAACAGCUGGAAAAUGGAAAGAUGUUCCAAUGUUGUAAACCAAUCAUUCCCUUGUGAGAAGCACUGGUAUUGCUCUGCCUGGGCCCAAAGAAGGUGCAGCAUAAUUAAAGAUACAAUAUUUCAAGAAUGUCAUUCAAAGGUGGAUCCCCAGCCUUACUAUGACGUGUGUGUACAAGAGUCAUGUGUAUGCGAAAUGGAGGGAAGGUAUCUAGGUUUUUGCACUGCUGUAGCUGCAUAUGCUGAGGCUUGCAAUGAAGCAAAUGUCUGCGUGGAUUGGAGAACACCUGACUUGUGCCCUGUCUACUGUGAUUACUACAAUGAGCCUGAUGGAUAUAGUUGGCAUUAUGAACCUUGUGGAUCACUACCAGUAAAGACGUGCAGCAAGAACACUGUCAAAGAGUUCCAUUCAUCAAAACUUGAAGGCUGCUAUGCUAAAUGCACAAAUGAAGAAUCUUAUCUUGAUGAAAACACAAUGAAAUGUACAACUUUGGAAACUUGUACUUGUAUCUACAAUGGAAUAAUUGCCAUACCUGGUCAAGUAAUAAAAAUUAAUGAAUCUGAACAUUGUAUAUGUACAAAUGGCCAAAUGGUUUGUCAUGCAUCAACGACAACCCCUUCAACUGGGUCAACCACCACAUCAGCAGUAACGACCUCACCUGUUUCAGUGACAACAACAACAGCACCAGUAACACCUACCGAAUCAACAGCAUCACCAGCAUCAACGACAACCCCUUCAACUGGGUCAACCACCACAUCAGCAGUAACGACCUCACCUGUUUCAGUGACAACAACAACAGCACCAGUAACACCUACCGAAUCAACAGCAUCACCAGCAUCAACGACAACCCCUUCAACUGGGUCAACCACCACAUCAGCAGUAACGACCUCACCUGUUUCAGUGACAACAACAACAGCACCAGUAACACCUACCGAAUCAACAGCAUCACCAGCAUCAACGACAACCCCUUCAACUGUGUCAACCACCACAUCAGCAGUAUCAACCCGUUCAACUGAGUCAACGGCAUCAACUGUACCAAUUAUUACUGGACCAAAGACAACAGUGCACACCGCUGCACAGAUAUCUACAACAAGACUGGUCCCUCCUUGCUCUGGACACUGGACAGACUGGAUAAACAAUAACCAUCCUUCUGUAAGCAAUGGUGGUGAUUCUGAAGACGUGAAAGGCUUGUGCCAGAAUGGUGUUGAAAACAUCCAAUGCCAAUCUUUACAUCCUGAAUAUCAUAAUGAAAAUGUGACAUGCAACAUACAGCAAGGUCUCAUAUGCAGAAAUAAUGACCAGCCUUCUGGAUCUAGCAUGAGCAUAUGUGCUGAUUAUGAAAUUCGAGCUUGUUGUUAUAGUAUAACUUCUACUACUACUACUACUACCACUACCACAGUUUCCACUACUUCUACUACUCAUACUCAGACUGUUACUUCUGUUAGUGCUACCCGUCCCACAUGUACUUGCAUUUUUGAAAAUAAUACUUUUCAGUGUGGCACAUCUUGGUUUGCAAACUGUGCCAACAACACAUGCAUUUCAAGCAACACAAUUCACUCCACACCUGUCGUUUGUCCUUCUAAUCCAAAACCUAAAUGUGCCAGCGGACUGGAACCUUCACUAAUCCAAACAGGAUGCUGCAGCACGUGGGACUGUGGUUGCGCAUGUCAGGUGUUUGGAGAUCCCCACUAUAUAACAUUCAGUGGUGCUAAAUAUGCCUUCUUGGAGGAUUGUACUUAUAUUCUAGUACAGGAAAAGGCUCCAGUAUAUGGAUUUAAAGUUAUGGUAGACAAUUAUUACUGUGCAAAAGGAGCAUCUUGUGCAAAAGGAAUAAUAGUAACAUUCCGCAACAACACUGUGAACCUUACCUUAAACAAUGUGAACUCCAAAGGUGAUGUUAAAAUAUUGAGUACAUUUAAUACAAAAGCGGUAAUGACUCCUUUCAAACAAUUUGGAAUUGACGUUCAGUCCACCGGGAAUUUAGUAAGAGUUUUCAUAAGUGAGAUUUCCACCCAGAUUUCACUGAAUAUAUACCAAGAGAUCAACAUUAAUGUGCCACUGCUAUAUUUUGGGAACAAAACAGAAGGUCAAUGUGGUGAGUGUGGUGGAAAGUCAUGUCUACGUCGAAAUGGGACGGCUGAACCCGAUGAGUGCUGUACAAGUACUGCGUCUGACUGGAUCACCAGUGAUCCUGCAAAAAAGAACUGUGUAGCAAAACAUCAAAGCUGUCCUACACCAACCCCUCCACCAAUCCCUCCACCAGUACCACCCCCCUGCACAGUUCUUACGAAAUCCAUUUUUGAAGAGUGUGCUAAAACAAUUGAUCUUAAGCCAUAUAUAACCGCCUGCAUAUUUGACCAGACAUAUACAAACAGCAGUGACGUGCUCUGUUCCAGUAUCUCAGGAGCUGCGGAUCAGUGUAAAAUGGCUGGCAUUUGUGUUGAAUGGAGACCUCAUUUAAAUGGACUGUGUGAUAUGAACUGUGACAAUGGAACAGUAUUUAAUGAAUGUGGUUUAUAUGCUGAUAACUACUGCCAGGCUGGUCAAAAAAUCAAUGGUAGCAGCUUAGGAGGCAUGACUGCUGGAUGCUUUUGCCCAGAUCAUAUGAUGCGAGCAGAAAUAUACAAAGACGUGUGUGUAUCAAAAUGUCCCAAUUGCAAAGGCCCACUUGGAGAGCCCAAAAUGAUUGGAGAAAUGUGGGAAUCCAACUGUCACAUCUGUACAUGUGAUGAAGUGACUUUAACAGAAAUCUGCACACCUAAGGUGUGUCCAGUAGUUAACUGUAAAGAGGAUGAGAUUUCAGUGCCGGAUACCUGUGGCUGCUGUAAUACUUGUGUACCACAAGUUUGUCAAGCUACAGUGUCAAAUCAAACAGUCACUGUAGGAAAAUGCUCUGGAGAAUUUGAAGUAGGAACAUGUAGAGGCCAGUGCCCAUCUUGGACAAGUUUUUCCACUUCCUCAGGAAACAUGGAGUCUACAUGCAAAUGCUGCCAGGCUCUUGAAACAGAGACAAGAUCUGUGAGCUUAACCUGUUCUAAUAAAACCUCAAAGAUAUAUACUUACACUUCGACUAAAAGCUGUUCCUGUUCAAUCUGUUCUAAGAAUAAUGAUUAUAAUAGUACAAGUAAAUGAGUGACUCCUGACAUUCAAUUUUCAGCUUUCACUGAAUUGUUUUGGUAAUCUUUAGCACCUCUUGUUGAUUAAUAUGUAAAUUGUGAUUUCUCUUAAUUUCACUCCUGUAUUUGUAAAUAAUCGGCUGGUAACCAUCAGAUUUUGGUUUUUUUCAGAAAUCAGUAAUAUAAAAUAGCUUAACAUUAGUGCAUGUUUUAAAAACAUAAGGAAUUCAUUAAAGAAAAUAAUGGUGGAUGCAUACUAUGGGAACAAAGUUCCUUUCAAAUGCUAAUUGUAGUUAUUGGUUUAUGAAUCAUCAGUUAUAUGAAAAACAGAUCGUUGAAAGAGCACUGUAAAACUUUAUUUUCUUAUUAAACAUUGACCUUUACAGUA